AGGGCCAAACUAUCUGUGACCAAUUGGUGUCAGUAUAUGAGGAAAAAUUGUUUCAAAAGAAGCCUUUUGUCAGAGAAUUGGGUCCUCCCCUUUGUGGGCUGGGUUUUCACAUCUCUGUACUGGAUGCAUCCUGUACUCGCACAGCGAAUAUUCACCAUCUGCGAUGUUGAUAAUGCACUGGAAACGGUACAUAUUAUUUUAGGUAUAUCUAUUUUUCAUUUGAUGAAGGAGUCGUUAUUCUGAAUCAUCGGGGUACGUUUUUAUCUGCUAGUUAUGGAGCAGAAAGCACUUGGAGCAACGAGAGAGCAAUGGCGAUGGAUCACUUUCAUUGUUUCAUUAAUUUUGCUUUGGAGCAGAGCUUCGGCGCAGAUAAGAUAUUCCAUCGCUGAGGAAGUUGAAGAAGGAACUGUUGUUGGGAAUAUAGCGAAUGAUUUGGGAUUAGAGAAGAACACACUGAAAGAGAGAGGAUGUCGUAUUGUUGAGGGUUCAACAGAGUCAUUUUUUCAUGUAAACCAGAACGAUGGAAUAUUGUAUGUUCACCAUAUAAUUGACAGGGAGAAGGUUUGUGAGCGAAGCAGCGUGUGCUUGAUCAACUUAAAAACUGUGCUGGAAAACCCUCUUGAAAUUCAUUAUCUGACUGUAGAGGUGCUGGACGUGAACGACCACUCUCCCACCUUCUCAACGAAAGAGUCACGUCUCGAAAUUUCAGAGUCCGUUUUACCAGGCUUGCGCCUCCAGCUGCAAGCAGCACACGACCCUGAUGUUGGUCAGUUUUCGGUCCAGGAGUAUAAACUUAGUCCUAAUGAUCAUUUUCGUUUGGAAGUCAAAGAUCGUGGAAAAGAUGGGAAAAUACCGAUAUUAGUUUUACUGAAGACGCUAGAUAGGGAAACAAAGAAAAGUCAUAAGUUGCUUCUUACAGCUAUUGAUGGAGGGAAACCAAGUAAAUCUGGAACAGCCGAAAUUACUGUUGACGUCUUAGACGUCAAUGAUAAUAUGCCAGUUUUCAACGGAGACGCAUACUCGGUAUUUUUGGAAGAAAAUGCUCCCAUUGGCACAACAAUUAUAAAAGUAAAUGCUUCUGAUUUAGAUGAAGGAUCCAAUGGCGAGAUUAUGUAUUCAUUAGGCAAGAAUGUGAAUAGUAGAAUACGCGAACUUUUUCGUGUAGAUCCGAAUACAGGUGAAAUUAUUGUUCACGAUCUGAUAGACUUUGAAUUAGAGGAAAGUUAUGAAAUUGAUAUACAAGCCUCUGAUAAAGGAUCUGCUCCUUUGAGGACAGACAAAAGUGUGUUGGUGAAUAUUGUUGAUUUGAAUGAUAACACUCCGCAUAUAGAGGUUACAUCAUUUUCAAGGUCAAUAACAGAGGAUGCCAGACUGGGAACCACUGUGGCAUUAAUCAGUGUUCUUGAUAAAGACUCUGGUCUUAACGGGAAAGUUAUUUGCUCAUUUAAUGAAAAUGUUCCUUUCACAUUAUCACCUUCAACACAAGACAACAUGUAUUCUAUAGUCACAAAAUCGCCUCUGGAUAGAGAAAAGCAGUCCAUAUAUGAUGUUACAAUUGUUGCAAAAGAUGCAGGUGUACCAUCGUUGUCUUCUGAAAAAAGCAUUAGUAUUGUUGUAUCAGAUGUGAAUGAUAACAGUCCAGAGUUUUCAGCGAACCCAUAUACAUAUUAUGUUACUGAGAACAACUCUCCAGGAGCUUCACUGUUUUCUGUGAGGGCAUCAGACCGCGACGACGGUGAUAAUUCUCGAAUUUUAUAUCAUAUUUUCAGAGAUGGAAAAGAGAAUAACAAACUUGAUUCAUUUAAUCUUAACAUCAACUCGGAAAAUGGAGAUAUUAUGGCGUUAAAAAGUUUUGACUUUGAAACUCUGAAAACGUUCCAGUUCCAAGUUGUUGCCGCAGAUUCUGGAACUCCGUCACUAAGCAGCAACGUCACAGUGAACGUGUUCAUUCUGGAUCAGAACGACAACGCUCCAGUCAUCCUGUAUCCAGUCAGCUCUAACGGCUCUGCUGAAGGUGUGGAGGAGAUUCCCCGCAAUGUGAACGCAGGACACUUGGUGACUAAAGUCAGAGCCUAUGACGCUGAUAUAGGAUAUAACGGCUGGUUGCUGUUUUCACUGCAGGAAGUUACUGACCACAGUCUCUUUGGUUUGGACCGCUAUACAGGACAGAUCAGAACACUUCGCUCCUUCACAGAGACAGACGAGGCUGAGCAUAAACUGGUCAUACUGGUGAAAGACAAUGGGAACGUUUCACUCUCAGCAACAGCUACUGUGAUUGUCAAACUGGUGGAGCCCAAAGAGGCUUUUGCAGCUUCUGAUGUUAAAAGUGCAGCAAAAGAUGAGGAGGGGAAUGAUGUGACUUUUUACCUGAUGAUAACUUUGGGCUCAGUUUCUGUGCUUUUCCUCAUCAGCAUCAUCGUGCUGAUUGCAAUGCAGUGCUCCAAAACCACAGACUAUACUUCUAAAUAUCUACAAGAGACUAAUUAUGACGGGACACUGUGUCACAGCAUCCAGUACAGAUCUGGAGACAAACGGUACAUGUUGGUUGGACCCAGAAUGAGUAUAGGAUCUACUAUAGUCCCUGGCAGCCAUGCAAAUACUCUAGUGCUCCCUGACAGGAGGAGCGCAGCUGGAGAGGUAAGUAAAUAUGUAUGUUUGCUAUAUAUGCUGAUUUAAGGAUCUCUUCUGUCA